AUGGCUCAUACAAGAACAAUUGCAGAAAUAAAAUUAUCAUUCCUUCGGGAUCAAGUACGGCUGCUAUCUACUCCAUUAGAGCCGUCAGAAGAAUGGCGAGACUAUGGCCCGGAGACUGAACACGAUAUCUCCGACAAAACGGUAGAAGGUGUAUUGCAGAAAUUCAAUGUCGCUUUUUCCCAGCACACGCGAUCCGUAUUCUCAACCCAGGCAGUUCAUCAUGUUUCGCAGCAGAUUGAGAGACUCUAUUUAAAUGCGGUUGAUCCCGAUCUAGGAGAGGAACAUAUACAUGAGUUUGUGCUGGUAAAAGGAAGUGAUCUUACCGCUCCAGAGAGUAUCGAAAGGCUUCCAACAGAGUGGAUAGGGGAAAACGUUGAUGCUAGUGCCAUUGAAAGGUACAAACAGUUGCGUACGGAACUCAUCUCGUUGACCACAACGCGGAAGCAACAUCAACGGCGAUUAGCUCAGUAUAAACAAUUAAGAAAUUUGCUAGAACCCUUUAGGGAACCAAAAACAAACAUCCAGCAAAACCUCGUCACAAAGGAUGGCCAAUUGGCCGCUGAGCUGGGUCGAAUGAGAAUGCUUCUGGCAAAAGUAGCCGGUAGGAUAAAUCAAAUCGAACCACAAGAUGGCAUCAUGAAUAAGGAGGCCAAUACUUCGGUCGAUAUGGACGCAAAAUUAGCCAACAUUUUAGAUAUGACCUGA